CGUGUUUCAAUUUGUAUCAAGUUCAUCCAUCGAAUUGUUUUUUUUUUUUUUUUUGAUUACAAAAAAUCAAAUCAAUCAUGACUACGGAUGAUUUUUAUCAAGAUUUUCUCAAUAGUUUCAGUGAAUUUGAUGCUGAUUUCAAGAAUAACGAUGACAAUUGCGAUGAAUCAUGAAUCAUCAUCAAAUAAAAUUGAUAACGAUUGGAUCGAUAAAUUUUUUGGCCGACGACCUGGUGUUUUGCGUAAAGAUUUUACCAUACACUUGGAACAAAAAUUCCUAGAACAUUGUAAAGAUGGUGAUCCAUUUGAUGAAUUCAAAAUUGCCGAUUGUAGUAUUCUUGAUCGAAUUAGUGAUCGAUUUAUAUGUGAAAAAUGUCAUCAUUCACGGCUUUAUUAUUGUUAUACAUGUUUCAUCAUAUCACCAGAAUUGAUUGGAAAAAUACCAAUGAUUCGAUUACCGAUUAAAAUUGAUAUUAUAAAACAUCCACAAGAAUUGAAUGGAAAAAGUACUAGUACUCAUGCAAUGAUUUUAACAACACCGCCAAAAGAUGUCAGAAUAUUCACUUAUCCAGAUAUGCCAAAUGAUUGGCAUGAUUUGAAUAAGAUAUUUUUAUUAUUUCCAAAACCUGGUUCACAAACUGUUCAAGAAUUUCUUCAAAAUUAUUACCAUCAUCAUCAUAAUGAUGAUGAGCAACAACAACAUUGUUUAUCUGCGGAAUUUCCAAUCGAAAGAAUCGUUGUCAUAGACAGCACUUGGCAACAGACGAAAAAAAUUCUACGCAAUGUUCGUAUACAACAACUGAAAACAUUGAUCAUCGAUUCAAAACAGACAAUGUUUUGGCGUUAUCAACGUGGACGUCCAAUGAAUCAUUUAUCGACAAUUGAAGCGAUUUAUUAUCUACUUAUACAAAUUCAUAUGACAAUGUUUGAUUUGUUUAAUAAUCAUCAUGAUCAUGAUCACCAUGACCAUUGUCAUAUGAAUGUAAAUGAAACAUUUACCACUGAAUACAAUGGCCAAUAUGAUAAUUUGUUAUUUUUCUUUAAACAUACAUUCAAUUUGAUUAAAAAUCGUUAUCAUCUUUAAUUGA